AUGUCGGGCAACGUUGUAGACCCUGAAGCACGGGACAAGUAUCUCUUACAAGUAACGGCUGGACCGUCGUACAAUGCCUCGGAACACGAGCAAGUAUCAGUCAACGGCCCAAAUCCCACAUACGUUGAAAGCGACCUGGUAGAAGCAUGGAUUCGCGUCCGUAUCAAGGACUACCAUGGCCUACCCCGUGGUUCCCCAGCAUCGUCGUCUUAUUUCGACCACCCACAACAUAUCUCCGAUAGGUAUUCCAUUGCCUAUUCUUUUGUACCCAAGCAAGACAUGUCUAGUUCUGAUCUUGUAAUGGGCUUCGACUAUGGUCAUUCAAUCAAACACCAACUCCCACCUGGCUUCAGGUACGCAAUGAAGAUUGCCACCAGUAUGCUUGACCCUGGACUUUAUUCAGAUGCAUACUCCGAUAAGCCGUAUCUAUACGGACCCGCGCUUUCAAGUUUCUUCGCUUUCAGAAUCGGGGACCGGACGAGCGAAGUGUCAGCAAAAGACCAACUCGCAAAUCUUAGUCAAGAAACAGAUAGUGUAAUAGAAGAAGGUGCAUCAGGAAGCGGCAAAGAAGUUCGCAAAGCCUCAUCUAUGCCUUCGAAAUGGAAGAAAAGACGGAAGCAUUACCUCAAUGAACAAGCCCUCUCAGCUUUCACGUUCGAAAAGGGUCGAAUGUAUCAUGCCGACUUCUUCAAUCCGCAUCUUGAUUUUGCAAAUUUCUCAUUGAGAUUACCAGGUUUCUCGAUUAGUGUGGCCAAGUAUGUGGAUGAGAAGACGCAUCAUUUGAGAUACGUACUCAGGAACCGGAGGACGGAGGAGGUACUUCUAGUGGUCUUUUUCGAAUUGUUGUUUGGCAAGGAAUUGGAUGAUACACUGGAGAAGGAGAAGAGGAGAGAAAGUGCACCAUCGGCUGUGUCUGUGGAUAAUCAACCGAAGCGGGAGGGAACGGGCCAUGGUGAAUUGACGAAAGUGUGUGCUAUUGAGGAGGCUGAACGACGGGCCUCGCAACCUCAACCACGGACAGUGGAACGGGACCAUGCUCCUCCAAGGCAACCUGCAGGCAUGGAUGGUGCAGCAGCAGAAAGAGCGGUCGAGGUCGAUGGCGAGCCACAGGAGGACCAAGGCUAUAUCGGCCAAGCAACGACCGCUGCGUCGAACCUUGCAAAAUCCGUAGUGGCAGUAUACGCAGCGCUGGGCUUUGGCAACUCAUCAUCUUCAUCGUCCGAUUCAGAGGCUUCAAUCAGGAGCAGCUCGCCUCAGCCAUCGAACAGGUCAAUGGCAGCUGAGAUCGAUGAUAUGGACGACGAGACAGUAGAGCGGUACUUGCAGAGUCGACACGGCAGCGUAUGA